GGGAUUAGCGGAAAACGGAUUGUAUUGCGCUUGGUUCUUUCGACGACUUUGAUUCUUUAAUAAGACCAUCGGGAGACAUGAGUUCCUCAAACUCUAACCAGCGUUUAGACCAUCUCCUGAGUGCCGUCGAGAGCGAGUUUCAGAAGGGCAGUGAGAAAGGAGAUGCUUCCGAGCGGGAUAUUAAACUCGGACUAGAAGACGCAGAGUUGUGGUCCAAGUUUAAAGAGCUCACCAACGAAAUGAUCGUUACCAAGACUGGCAGGCGCAUGUUCCCAGUGCUCAGAGCAAACGUGUCGGGACUGGACCCAAACGCCAUGUACUCAGUCCUCUUGGAUUUUGUGGCGGCGGAUAACAAUCGGUGGAAAUAUGUGAACGGCGAAUGGGUUCCGGGCGGCAAACCCGAGCCGCAGAGUCCCAGCUGCGUCUAUAUCCACCCGGACUCGCCUAAUUUCGGGGCGCACUGGAUGAAGGCGCCUGUCUCCUUCAGCAAAGUGAAACUAUCCAAUAAACUCAACGGGGGUGGACAGAUUAUGCUGAACUCCCUGCAUAAGUACGAGCCGCGGAUACACAUUGUCAAAGUCGGCGGGGUGCAGAAGAUGCUCAGCAGUCAGUCCUUUCCCGAGACGCAGUUCAUUGCUGUCACCGCGUACCAAAACGAGGAGAUCACGGCUCUGAAGAUCAAGCACAACCCAUUUGCGAAAGCCUUUCUGGACGCAAAAGAGAGGAGUGACCACAAGGAAGUUCCAGAGCUUGGUGGGGAUAAUCAGCAGUCUGGAUACUCACAGUUGAGCGGAUGGUUUCUGCCCGGCAACGGGUCCAUCUGCCCGAGCAGCAGCCCCCCUCAGUUCAGCGGGGGCGCGGGGCUCUCCUCGGGGUCGCACUGCGAAAGAUACUCCGGCCUGAGGAGCCAUCGAGCCGCGCCGUACCCCAGCCACUACACCCACCGCACCGCUGGCACCAAUAACUACAUGGACGGCUCUUCGGGCGGCGUCGCCCCUCACGACAGCUGGUCCGCCCUGCAGAUCCCCAGCUCCAGCGGAAUGGCCUCCCUCGCCCACACCACCAACACCACGCCCUCCCCCAGCCAGUACCCCAGCCUGUGGUCCGUCACCGGGACCUCCCUGGCCCCCGCGGGCUCCCCGCCCGGCUCCAUCGCGGGCGGCCUGACGUCGCAGCUCCUCCGGGGCUCCUCCGUCUCCUACUCCUCUCUCACCUCCCUGCCCGCCUCCUCGCCCUCCUCCAUGUACGACACGGGCCUGACGGAAGUGGGCGGCGGCGACGCCCAGUUCGAGAGCUCCAUCGCCCGGCUCACGGCCUCCUGGACCCCCGUGGCCCAGAGUUACUGAGCGGCGCCGACGCCCUUCCCCCCACGCAGAAACACCCCCAAAACUCUAUUCUGCCUGAAAACUGACAAUCGCAUCCAAGGGUUCCUUGGGGCAAGAGGGAGAUGUCCUUGGCGGAAAAAAAAGGAAUCGGGGAGAUGUCUGAUCGUAAGCAAGAGUGAGGCUUGCACGAGUGUGAAGUAGAAAGUGGGCCGCUCCUCUCUCUCCCCCCCCCUCCCCCGCCUUGGUGUUGGAAGAAUGGUCCACCCAGCCGGUCUCAGUGAAUCACAAUUUGAAGGGACCUGAAGGAAGAUCGAAGACACCAAUGGCCUGCUCGGGUACUAGAACUAUGGCUACUGGGCGAAUACGCUGGUCUUCUAUGGUCGCCCAGCAGUGCAGACAGAGUAAUGUUAGUGCCCACCUCCACCGCUGUACGGCAUCAGCAGCGGGGUUCCAUUUUGUUUGUUGUUAUCAUUCUAAACUAAUAAGACACUUGGAGCUGUUGUACUGAUAUGUCUAUGUGUAUAAAUUAACAUUCAUUUUCCUGUAGUUAGAAUCACGCAUUGUACUCAUCUCAAUUGUUAGCCGUGUCUGCAGCAUUAAGGUGAGAACGCCUUGUGGUGCUGAACAUCAGCUGAAGAGGAAGCGCACCUGAAAUGCAUCAGAUAUUUGCAUGUCAACAUCUGUUCCCACAUCUGUGUAACUUUGCUGCACUUCAUUCACCCUCUGUCUCUCUUUUCUGAAAAACAAACAAAAAAAUCUCUUGUAAAUAUCUGUUUGUUUUCACUGGACCCA